AUGUCGUCUAUGUUAAAAAAGGAUUCUACUACAGGUGUCAAUGAUACAAAUACACCAUAUAAUUACACCAAUCCUAUAAGGCUUGCGUUUUUAGGAGGGCCGAAAUCAGGAAAAUCAUCAACUAUAUCAAAACUAACAUUAGGGAAUUUUCGAGACACUUAUUAUCCUACACAUCAACUAAAUCCAAUUCUAUUUAAUUAUAAAGCAUCUACAAGUGCUCAAAGAAUACUAGCAGGAUCAUUGAAACAAAACGAUAUUAUUGUUCCAGAAUAUUUACUAAAAUUAAAUGGACCUCCUUCAAAUAAUCCAUAUUAUAAAAUUUCCAAUAGUAGUAAUAAAGGUGAAGUGAGUCGAAUUUUAAUUGAAUUAAUAGAUACUCCUAGUUUUAAUCCCCAAUCAGUAGUUCCUUUUCUAGAGGCAUCAUUACAUUCUAAUUUAGGUAAGGAUAUUUUACGAAAUUUGGCAAAUGAACCUCGAAAACCAGUAUCUACAAAUCCAAUACUUGUAGCUAGUGGAGCAAGUGAAAUGAAUGGGAAUGUUGAUGGAUAUUUUUUUGUCUAUAGUGCUAUACCUAGUUAUUCACCACCUGGAUACGAUGAUUCUAGUGAUGGUCUUUCAUCAGAUCAUUCAUUAAAUUUAAUUCCAGUUAUGAAGGCAACUCUAGAAGAGGCAUGGCAAGAAUACGAUGUGUUUAUAAAGAAAAAGAAUGCCGAAAAGGAACAAGAUUUAUUUUCAAUGAAGGUGGCAUUGAAGAAUCUUUGGAGGGAACCAAAUUCAAGCAGUAGCAAGAGCAAAUCAAACAAGAAAACAGAUUCAUCUGGGUUUUAUAUGCCUCCAGUAUGGAUAAUUUGUACACAUAAGAAUAGUAGCCUUGCUUCUCCAAAACUAGUAGCUGAUGGCAAGCGAUUGGCACAAGAAUGGAACUGUGGAUUUAUUGCCAUUGACAACCUUGAUGAUAGUGUUGACGAGUUGCUAGCAUAUAUGAUAAGAGACAUUAUACAAACAAAUAAAUAG